AUGGACAACCUCACAUUCAGACACAGCAUUCUCCUCCUGGAGGGACUGAAAGUUUCGCCUCAAUCUUCCGAUCCAGUUUUCAUCCUGCUUCUCUUGGCUUAUGUCUUUACAAUGAUAUCCAACAUUGGACUUAUAGUUCUGAUCUCAACAGAGAAGAAUCUACAUCAUCCAAUGCAUUUUCUGUUCUGUAACUUGCCACUGAAUGAUAUAUUAGGGACUACUGUCAUUUUGCCACGUUUAAUGCAAGACAUUUUAAAGGAAACCUCAGAGCGCUAUAUCACAUAUGCGGAGUGUGUUACUCAAGCAUAUUUUGUACAUGUAUUCAUAGCUGCAUGUCACUAUGUGCUUAUGUUAGGACUCACUGUGCGAUUGUCUCACUGCAGAUCUAAAAUUGAAAACCCUUUCUGUGACAACGCCUCACUGUUUAAAUUGUCUUGUGAAAGUGUGGUCAUAAAUAAUGUGUAUGGAAUUAUUUAUACUGUGGCUGUACUCUGCUUUUCAGCGGUAUCUAUAUUUUUAACAUAUGUCAAGAUUGCUGCUGUAUGCAAAAGUAGCAAAAACCAAGCACUGAACAGCAAAGCUAUAAAAACCUGCAGUACACAUUUAGCUGUUUAUUUAAUCAUGUUUUUUUCUGGCGCUAUCAUGACAUUUCUCCAUCGUUUUCCUGAAUACUCUGACAGCAGGAAACUAUCUAGUAUAAUGUUUCACAUUGUACCACCAGGAUUAAAUCCCUUAGUAUAUGGUUUACAAACCAAAGAGAUAAGACAAAAAAUGGCUAAACUUUGGUGGAGAAAAAAAGUUAAUUCUUUGUAA